GGUCUUAACUGGGGGAAGUAGCAAAAGGGGAAUGAAUCACGUGGAAGUUAGAAGCAGAAUGGGGCCGGCGGCGUCAGUUAAACUCAAACUAAACCACAAACUUCUCAUUCUCAAAUCUCACUCCCAUAUAUAUACACUUAUAAAUCCUUGCUGUUUUUGGGGUUUAUGCUCAUUUUGAUUUAAGAAUCCAUCGAUAGAGACGUAUAGAGUUGAUAGAGAAGCCUUAAUUUCAUAACCACCCACACUGCAAACAACAGUCAAAGCUGAUUAUAAAAUGCUUCUUUUCUUUUGAGUGAAAACAAAAAAGGUAACAAAAAUGCCCGUUGCGGAGCUGAAAGAGAGGCACGCCGCGGCGAUUGAGGCAGUGAACGAUCUUAGAGAGCGAUUGAAGCAGAGACGCCAGCAGUUGCUCGACACUGACGUGGCCGGAUAUGCAAGAUCGCAUGGGAGGAGUCAAGUUACUUUUGGCCCAACCGAUCUGGUUUGCUGUAGGACCUUGCAAGGUCAUACCGGCAAGGUAUACUCAUUAGAUUGGACACCAGAACGAGAUCGAAUUGUCAGUGCCUCUCAGGAUGGACGCUUAAUCGUGUGGAAUGCUCAAACGAGCCAGAAAACUCAUGCCAUAAAGCUGCCUUGUGCAUGGGUUAUGACGUGUGCUUUUUCCCCAACGGGUCAAUCUGUUGCCUGCGGUGGUCUUGAUAGUAUGUGUUCUAUUUUCAACUUGAAUUCAGCAACAGACAGGGAUGGAAACCUUCCCGUAUCAGUAACCCUUAAUGGGCACAAGGGCUAUGUUUCCUGUUGUCAGUACGUCCCCGAUGAAGACAUUCACAUUAUUACGAGUUCCGGUGAUCAGACAUGUGUGCUAUGGGAUAUUACAACAGGUCUCAGAACUACUGUUUUCGGGGGAGAGUUCCAAUCUGGGCAUACUGCUGAUGUACUGAGUGUCUCAAUAAAUGGAGCAAACUCAAGAGUGUUUGUUUCUGGUUCGUGUGAUGGAACUGCCCGACUAUGGGAUACUCGUGUUGCAAGUCGAGCAAUGCGUACGUUUCAGGGUCAUGAGGGUGAUGUUAACACCGUGAAGUUCUUUCCAGAUGGCAAUAGGUUUGGAACUGGAUCAGAUGACGGAACUUGCAGGUUGUUUGAUAUCAGAAAUGGCCACCAGUUGCAAGUAUACUAUCAGCAACAUAGCGAUAAGGAGGUUCCACUUGUGACCUCGAUUGCAUUCUCCAUAUCCGGAAGACUCCUUUUUGCUGGAUACUCAAAUGGAGAUUGCUAUGUAUGGGACACAUUAUUGGCAAGGGUUGUGUUGAACUUAGGAUCCGUCCAGAAUUCACAUGAGAACCGGAUUAGUUGUUUGGGUUUGUCAGCCGAUGGUAGCUCCUUAUGUACAGGAAGUUGGGAUACAAACCUCAAGAUUUGGGCAUUUGGGGGGCACAGGAAGGUUAUUUGAUUCGAGUACUUUGACAGGAAUCCAUUUCGAUGUUCCCAUUCUUCAUCUUAGGCUGUCCUUCCUGCAUUAAUCCUACCUGGAAGAUUCAUUCGUAUUUCGAUCAUGUCUGCUGUUUGGGGAAACCCUAAUCUUGUAAUGUUGCUUGUAACUUUAAUGUGGAAAGCCGAUUAGAUCAGUGGGUAAAAAGAAAGAUUUAAAAAAAAAAAUGUAGCAUUCAAUAUCAGAACUUAGCGUCUGCUGGAGAAGUUUCUUCUGAAUUUUGCCCGACUGUUAAAAAGGAAGGUUCCACAGUAGUUAGUAACUGUAAGCUAUGAUUGCUGCCAACUUAAUUGUCACUUUGGUUUCCCUUUCACAA